GACUUCAGGACAACAAACAAUUAUGGCCGGAUGAACUGGACUUGACGAUACGAUAACUAGUGCAAUGGACGCUGCAGACUCUGGGGACAUCGGCCCGGCUCAAGUAGUCCACGUCAAAGCGGACGAAGUCGACGAGACUGGCGCCGACAUUGCUACACGGCCUACAGAUGUAGGAGACACAGGCGUCGGCAUAAUUGAGGAGCUCGGGGAUCCAUCGGAGACAACAGAUGCCCCGAAAGCUGAGGAGGAACAACCCACAAAAUCAUCACCUACAAAGAAAAUUGCUCUACCAGUUCGACCUACCUUACGGCGCGACCAGUCGUCUCAACCUCCGCCACUUUCACCCUCGCCCUCAGCUCCCUUCGGCGGGCAGCAGCAAAGCUUCCAACCCGAGUCGCUUUCCCUAACAGAGUUAAAACGCCUUGUAGCAGAGAUACCCAAGUCUGAACCCACGGCAUACGCAUUCGUAUACGGAGAUGCUGCUUCUUUCCCGGAAGAACUGGAAGAAUGGUUCACGUACGGAUACGACGAGAUUCAGGGGCUACUUUGUGCAAAGGCAUCCUUUGAGGAGCGAUGGGGGGACUUCCUGGGACGAGACAUCUCUAUGAACGGGGAUGUUUUGGGUUGGACACAGGCAUCUGCCUCCACAAGAAGCAAGUUUGUUGGAAACGAGGUAGCUAGUCUCGAGCAUCCAGAUAUUCGAAAGAGGGUCUUGGGACUAGAAUCACUUGCAUAUAUCGCGAUGGGAGCGUGGGGAGAAUUGGGGGGUUCUGCCAAGACGGAAAAUGAGCCCAAGGAUGCUUCCGGCUCAGAUGAUACCCACGAAAAAGGAGCGUCGGAAGAAGAUGAUGCUUGUCAUGUACAGAUGAGAUGGAUGUUGAACGGAGCAGAGACAAUUUAUGAGCGGAUGGGUGCACAGGUUAUUUUCGACGUUAUGCGUGGUGCGUGCCUGAAACAAUGGGAGAAGUCGAAUCAUCUGGGCCCCGUGGAAGAGUCCGAUCAAGAGCAGACGAUUCUUGAGAUUCGAGAGCUUAGGGCGUCUCUAACACUGCUUUACUUCUUGAUCGAAGCCGGAAGAUGGCAAUGCGAGUUUGGCGAGAAAACCUCUCUCCGGGAUGAGCUCUCUUCACUGGAACCCAACUUCCUCGUCUUUCUCGUAAAGAUGAUUGCAAAGUUUAGAUGGGAUGAGGCGCCGGAGCUUCCACUGCAUAAGCUAUUAUUGCUGUUUUGGAAAUCAGUAUUGUUGAUCUUUGGCGGCAACAAGGAUCUGCAAGGCGCUCGAACUGCACUAAAAGCUGGCAGUGACAGGGUAGACGAGUAUGGCGACCCUCUUAUCACCGCCUCGCCGCUCGAUUACCACCUAUUCCGACAGGAGAUCACCUCAAAAUACCCAGCGUACAAUCCUCCGCCCCCGCUCUUACCCUUGGAACCCGAAAAUAACUCCAUCCUUCCUCCGCUCUCAACGCAUCCCGACCGAGCCAACAACAACUCGGCUAAUAUGAUAUACGGCUCUGGCCCUGGAAAUGUAAAUAAAGGAGGUUCCAUUCUCCAUCAGCCUGUUCAUAUUGCUACUCCGGCUCCUUCACCCCCGCCGUCUCCCGUCGGCCCUGGUGGGAAAGCUGGUAAAAAACAAAAUUACCAGACCAACCAGAAUUUUCCCUUUCUUUACCCGCCGCUGGACAGUACUAGCAAUAACAUCGGUGGGAAAGGGGGCGCCGAUAUGCAGGAUAUUCUUGUGGGUAAAAGGUGGGAAGGGAGUGAUAUUCCUGCUUCUAUCCUCGAAGCGGGCGUACUUUUCGCGAGCAGAAUGAGAAUGACAAGGGCGAUGCGGCAGCUGUGGGAGGAGCGGGAGCGAUUCAUGAAGUAUGAACGCGGAUGGGGAGAGGUCAAGGCAGCCGAAGGUCAUGGUGAUGGUGCCUAUUCUCCUUUUGAGAAGGUCGCAGAACAAAAUGAAGGAAGCGUUAGCAGCGACGAAUCGAUUGAAGCCGAUGUCACGGAACGUCUGAACCGAAUCGAGGACUUUUAUCGACAUGCUCUUCCGCAUCUUCAAUCCCUCGUUAUUGUUUUGUUGAAAGUCGUUCUUGCCAAUGUCACUCAGCUUCUCACACAACCAAAUGGAGUUGCCGGGCAAAAUGCGUUUCCGCUCGCAAAUCUUGAGAAUCAAGACGGCCAGGAUAAAGGAGCUGACAGCAGCGGUGCGAUAGAGAUUGAAAGGGAUGGAAACCCGAAUGCAGAGCGUGUCGUUGACGAAAUCGAUAAUGUCCGGACACAAGAGAUAUCAUCCAAGGCGGUGUCUGGAGUUUUGUUGCUUCUAUUGAAAUGGUUCAAGAUAUCCCACAUUCUCAAAUUCGAGUACCUUACCCAGCUCCUGCUAGACUCGAAUUACCUUCCUCUUAUCCUUAAGCUCUUCGCUCAUCAGGAGAUUGAGCGAACGGUUGACAAUAAGAAUGAUCAGGAUGAAUUAGGGUUCUUCCAUUUCUGCCGUCUUCAUGCUGGACGAAAAGACUCGGCAACCUCUGGAGAAGAGCAAGAAGUCAAGGAUGAAAUCUACCCUAUCCCGCCCGUAAUAAGACUUCGCCGGAACCAAUUCUCCGACUUUUCAAAUCCUGCGGAGCUCCUUCCAUCACGGCCUCCUGAAGUAGAUGAACUCGGCUAUCCUACGUCUGACCUGCCAGCUGAGCCAAUUACAAACUAUUCGUGGCGAAACUUCUUUUCUAGCAUCAAUUAUCUCCGGAUCAUGCAGAAAAUUUGCAAAGACAAAGCACACCGAAACCUUCUUUUAGUACAGUACAAAUCCUCAACGAUAUUGAGAAAGGCGCUCAAAGUGCCUCAGCACCACCUCCGUCUAUACACGCUCAAGCUCUUCAAAAACCAGGUACCUUAUUGCGGUCGGAAAUGGCGCCAGAGCAAUAUGCGCGUCAUUACCGCGGUCUAUUUGCACUGCCGUCCGGACCUUCGGGAUGACUGGUUGGCGGGCAGCGAUAUUGACGCUGAAGUUGAAGAAGCUUUGCCUCUGGAACAAGCCUUGCGCGGCCUCACACAUUGGCAUAACUUGGAUCGCUAUCCCGAGCAGAUGGGCGCUCAAGAAGGCAUUUUGGAGGAAGAACGUGAUUUUUUCGUCAAAGAACUUGAAAAGAUGGACUGGGGCGAAGACCUCGUGGCGCCUUUCGCGGACGAAGCCUCUGCUGGACUAGGCGACCAAAUGUGGGCGCCAAAUACGGGAGUUCCAAUGCAGCAUAUGGAAGGAUGGUCAUAGAUUCAAGAGCUGCAUCUGUUGUUCAGCGCGUUUGGAUGAGUUCUUCGGACCCUUUUUUUCACGCAUGUCCCGGGAUGGGUUUAGUCCUUUUUCCAGCUUUAUACCCCACGUGCAUGCACAUGAUGGGAUUUGCUUAUCUGGCGUUAAUGUGUCUUGAGCUUCAUAGAAGGCAGGUUUUAUUAUAUCGAUAUGC